CUUCGAGCAGUGUAGAAGGAAAUCUUGAUCCUCCCCAAGCUUUCAACAAGUGUGAAACGGUGAAAAGUGUUAGUUUAUUGUACCAGUUAGUGGAAUUUGCCACUGUUCACGCUCGCGGUUUCGCAGUGAACUCCACCGAAAAAGAAGAUAACACCGCAAUCAUCCGCUUUCCCGGAUUGUGUUGGUACGUCAGGUGAUUACAACGUUGCGGAACACACCGUGUGCUGAUCCACUUCGCGUGGGCUUUCCCCAUUCUUUCUGGGUAAUCGCGUGUGUUUGUGUGGGGGUGUAUUUUGAGGUGUGAGUGAAGCCACACCACACGAAGAAGUGCCUGCGUAUCUCUCUCUGUUUCACGUGGUUUCGUGAUUUCUUGGAGUGCGCGGGAUUACGAACGAAGUAUAACGCGCGGAAUUAGACGACCAAAACAACAAUCGACUCGGGUUUCGCAGUGUGUGGGUGGUGAGUGUAACUUUGAGGUUGGCAUUGAAUUUCAGCAUAUUGAUCAACAACGAACAAAGGUCGACUUGGGGGCACCGGGAAGUUCGAGGAAAGAACCAGAGCCUAGUGCAAGGACGAGUUUGUGUGGCUUAGAGUGGGGGAAAACGUCAGGUGGCACUCAACGAGAGCAGUGGCAGAGUCGGGGGAAGGCAGCCGUUAAGAGACAGCAAACAAUCACAACAAAACCGAAAUGGAACACCAACAGCAGCAGCAGCAGAAGGUACACAUCGAGAAGGCACAGAACUUCAUGCGCCAGUAUCGGGAUCCGGAGUCGCGCGAGCUGAAGAAACUGUCCGCCAAUCAGUUUAUGGACGUUUGGAGUCAUUACGACCGGGACGGAAACGGAUACAUCGAAGGCACUGAACUGGAUGGCUUCCUCAAAGAGUUCGUCUCCAGUGCGAACACAUCCGAUCUGGGGCCAGAGUCACUGACGGACGAGAUGUUGGUGGAGCUGAAAUCCUGCUUCAUGGAAGCGUACGAUGAUAAUCAGGACGGAAAGAUCGACAUCCGCGAGCUCGCCCAACUGCUGCCGAUGGAGGAAAACUUUUUGCUGCUGUUUCGAUUCGAUAACCCGCUGGAGUCGAGCGUUGAAUUUAUGAAGAUCUGGCGGGAGUACGACUCGGAUAACAGUGGAUACAUCGAGGCUGACGAACUGAAGAAUUUCCUCCGCGACCUGUUGAAGGAAGCCAAGAAAAUUAACGACGUGUCGGAAGAUAAAUUAAUUGAGUACACCGAUACGAUGCUCCGUGUGUUCGAUGCGAACAAAGAUGGGCGCCUGCAGCUCUCCGAAAUGGCCAAACUACUUCCAGUGAAGGAGAACUUCCUCUGUCGGCAGGUGUUCAAGGAGGGCAGAAUAGACGAAGAAGGAGCCGCCAGACUGACGAAGGAUGACAUCGAAAAGGUGUUUUCGCUGUACGAUAGGGACAACAACGGUUCCAUCGAAAACGAGGAACUACGGGGAUUCCUGAAGGAUCUACUCGAGCUAGUGAAGAAGGAUUACGACGCACAGGACUUGAUCGAGUUCGAGGAAACCAUUCUGCGGGGCGUCGGCUACGACAAGGAGGGCAAAAUUUCGCGCAAGGAGCUCACGAUGAUCCUGCUGGCGCUGGCCAAGCAGCCCCCAGAGGACGACCAGUAAUAUGGGGAUUGUCCUUCUCUCGUUUCGCAUCCGCAGCCGCACUCUUCGUCCAAUCGCAGAACAUCGCGAUCCGGAUCGUCCUCAUCAUCCUCCUCGGCGCUGGUCAUGCAUCCGAUUGCCAAGAUGAGGAUGAUGCUGGGGCUGAGCGGUGGUCAGAGCAGCCAGCAGCCAUCGUCGUCAGAGCAGCAGCAGCAGCAACAGCAUACACAACACCAUCAGAGCCAACCAGCAGCAGCAGUGGAGGUAGCAGAAGCAGAAGCCACAACAACGAGCUCAAAUAGUUCGCAUCAGUCGCAUCAGCUAUUGCCAAUAGUCGUCGUUCAUGAUCGGGUGCGCGAUUUCUACCGCCGGUUUGUGAGACGCUCGAAGAAGUCGUAGAUCAACCAAACAAAUACAACAACUUUUCAACACCAACAAAUCAUAGCCGAAAGCGGGAACCUUAGAGGAACGCACCGAGAGUGUAGAUGAAGCAAACAAUAAACAGCAUUAAGUAGUGAAACAAAUUAACAAGAAAAAAAAAUAUGAUGGGCAUAGCGAAACUAGCGAAUCGAUCGAGAAGACUUCAGACAUUCAAACUAAAUUGAACUGAUACGCCAACUCACCAACAGAAAACAUGAAAAACAAAUUUAAAAAAAAUGAACACAAAGCACAAUUUAUCCGUCUUAUGAUGUCCCUCUCUCGUAGCAGUUGGAGAUGGGGAGAGGAUCCAAACUGUGUGAUUAAAAAAAGGAUUACUGAGGUAGCGAAAGCAAACUAAAUUCCAACAACAAAUGAGAACAAAUCUAACCUAUUAUAUAUAAUACUUCUUUCCGGACACUUGAUCUCUACUUGAAGGAAUAUACUUAUUUCCAGCUUUUCCUGUUCCAGCCUAAUUAUAACUCAAUAACAACUAAUCUAUGCUUACUCUUCGGAAAUUUGUCUGCUUCCUUCAUGGGGGUUCGUAGAGUCGGGAAUGUACAGUGGCGGACAUUGGUGAAAUUUUUCAUUGUAUUUUUUUACUCAGAAAAAGGACUGGUUGACUGCGAUGAAGGAGUAGUUCAUCAAAGAUUCGUUUUUUGGCUUACUAUAACAGCUAAACCAUGCUCAAACUGUUCCAAUUGAUGACGGUCACUUCUAAACAUAUACUCAACAGGAUUUCCCUUGAAACUUUUCAGCAGUCAGAUUUUUUUUUCAAUUUAUAAACAUAGACUCGACAAAAAAUAGAGAUGUAAAAUGCAACAACGACAUUUUAUGUGAUUUUUGAAAUGAUGUGAUUUAGUGAUAAAUCAAUGAUAUAACUUAUUCCAAAGUCAUAUUCUCUGUUGAAUGUUUUAUAGCACUUCUCAAAUCUCGAUAGAGGAUCAACGUGUCCAAGUUAUACAGUCCGCAGAAAGUGGCUGUCGGAGCCGUAUAGCAGACCUUAACCUCCCAGCGUCAAAGUUGGUUAACCGUUUAUACUAGAAUCAAUGUUGUACUAAAAACCACUCUUGGUUCGUGGUCAGUCCGAACGUGAUUUUACAAUCGAACAACUCAUUACGGAAUCAUAAAAUUGCGAAAACUAGAGCCAGAGCUUCUUUUCUAACCUGGGCGUAGUUCUUCUCUGCAGAGGUCAACGAUCUUGGCACUUGCGAAAUAGUCUUCACUUAUCUAUCAGAGAUACGAUGCGCUCAGCGCUCAAUCCGUCUUUGAAUGCAUAACCCGCUAGAAUGAUACCCUUGGUCGGGUCAAACCAGUCGGAAGCGCUUCAAACUUUCCGAAUAACUUUAGGCAGUGACUAUAGCAGUUCCAGGUAAUCCAUGAGUGCUCUCAGCUUUUUCAUUCUGUUGAAGAAACGCCCGCAACAAUUGAUAGCUCCAUGAUGCGAUCGAAGCCGUGAAAAGUUCUAUGGAGCUGGUAUAUACUAAAUUGCGAUUGCCUAUGAUCUUUUCAUAAGCUACUAUCAUGUGAACUAUGUGACACAUUAACGAUAGAUCGAAACGACACUUUUGAAAACUGUACGGUUUGACCCGUUCAAGAACUUCAUUGAGGCCACGAUUACGCUCUUCAUAAUGUCAUCAAGUAGCAGAACUCUACGCCUGGAAUACCACUGACCAUAAUGUCAACAAUCCUUUAAAACGCUCCAGAUGCCGAUUUGAUUUUAGGUGGCAAUUGCUUGUAUUUGAAAAAUCUUCGUUUAGUGUCACUCAUCGAAUAUUUUUGUGAUUCAUCCAUAACCUCAACUGGAAGGCACAUCUUGUAUUGGGAGUAAUACCGGCAGCCUGUCAGGUCACCAACGCUUCAGAUAAAUAAUUUCCCUUCUGCUUUCUUCCAUACUGCUUUCAUAUACCGCUCUCCUAAUCAACUUAGUGACAAAACGGCCUUACCUAGUAUCAUAUAUCCGUCUUGCGUGUGACAAACCGGUAAUGUAAAUAAACCCAACGACGAGAUUAUUAUAUUAUUUUAUUCGAAGUUUUUAAAUUUGAAAGAAUUUCCAAGUCAUAUGUAAGAAGUAAGAAGAGAAAAAAUGAGUAUAGUCGCAUAUUCAAAAUUAUAAAUGGGUAAAAUUGAGUAUGAUCGCAUAAAUUAAAUUAUUUUCAAAAGAGGACGGUUCCGUUACAUCGGAUUGUUGUCUUCGGUAAUUUUUUUUCUUUUGUUGAUUUGCACACUAUAAAACACCAACAUAAUUGAAUUUCAACUGCAGUUUUAUUUACACUUGCACAUUUUUGAGCAAAUACGUGAUAUCAUGUUCUUGAAAAUUUGUGGCUCCUCUUCUAAUGGAAAAGACAAUUUGAGGUUAUGGGAUUGUUCGACAAAUGGAAUCCACAUGACGGCGCCAGUGGUUGUGUGGUUAGCGUAACAGCCUCACAAUCCGAUCGGCCUGGGUUCAAUCCCAGCUGGCGUCGUUGGGAUUUUCUGAGGCGAAAAAUCUCUGGUUACGUCUUCCUUCGGAGGGGAAGUAAAAGAAGUUGGCCCGGCUCAUGAGUUGUUGAGUCUGAUAGGUAGGAACAGGUGGAGUCGCCUCCCUGUUGUCGGUGAUUGGCACUAAAAGUGGCGGAAAUAGGCCGACGAAAAAUAAGCGAAGAUAAAAAAAAAAAAAAAAUGGAAUCCAUAAGUAAAAGUUGAUUUUUUUUCGUGAAUUUCACAAAAAAUAUAUAGCUAUCUCACAAUUGAUAUUCUAGGUUUAUUUUUAUAUUAAAAUUUGACUUUGAGACAGAACUUUUGAAAAAUGAAUGUGUCCGGCAUUUUUGAAAAAAUAAGAUUGAGUCGGGAAAGACGGACACCUGGGGUGGGAGAAGAUGGUUUUGGAGGUCUUUAAAUAUGCCUUCAAAAUGAAUCAACAAAAAGGUUAGACUGAAAUCACCUAGAAGGGCUUGUAAUUUUUCUCAUUUUUUCAUGUCUAAAAUUGCUUCCGGCAUUCGGAAUGACAAACUCGAAUUACGUUUUUAAGGUCAGCUGAUUCGUCCAUGAUAUGUGGUUGCACUUGCAAACGUAGUUAGUGAUCAUCUGUUAAUGAAAGAAGGAGGAGAUAAUCAAAUUGAUUUUAAAAACAAAAUGUUUGUUCUUUGUCGGUGGAGUGUCCGUCUUACCCGACUUGAUUAGUAUUUAUUAUCGUCAAUAAUCCUGGAGCAAACAUGAGAAAACUGAUUCGAUAAACUCGAAGAGUAACGAAAAAUACCCCACAAAAUUCUACGAUUACAAUGUGAACCGUAUUCUGCUUUUACAUCAAUUUACAUCAAGCUGAUAUUUGUAGUUACCUUUUUCGUUUUUAUUUACAAUUUUAACAGAAAGCCAACCAGGUGUACACAGUAAGUGUCAAAGAUAUUGAUACAAUGUAUUGCAAGAUUGUACAUAAUUUAAAUUUAAAAUAAAAAUGUAACUUAUCAAUUAUACAAGGGUGUCCGUCUUUCCCGACUUUCCCCUAUUCAUAUAAUAUUUUAAUAUAGCAGAACCCCAGAUGAUUAAAAAACUGUGAAAACAUUCUAUUAGGCGUUGUGAAAAAAUAGUGGCAGUGAAAAAUUUGUAGUUGUUUUUAUUAAAAAGCUUAUUUCGAGAAUGUACUUUCUCAUUACCUUUUUUUUUUUUUUUGAAAAUUACAGUACCAAACGAUCAUUGAUUACAUAAAAUUUUUAUCGCAUUUUUCGAAGAUAAGUGUUAUGGAAAUGUUAUCAAUUGGGCUACAUAACAUGUGUAGCUUUCAAACGCAGAUGUUUUUGAAGAUAGUGUUUGGAAAGCAACAGUUGUAAUUGAUUUCUAGCUAGAAUUCCUCAGACUGUUCAACAUUUGGAAAGUGUUCAACAACUAGCGAGGUACCAUAUUACUUCAACCAACAAAUUAAGUAGCAAAAUCUUUCUAAUUAUUAUCGAUAAAAGUCGUUACUUCGUCGUUGGAUCGCUGCCUUUAAUUUGCCCAGUUGUGGGCAAUACUUGUGGGAAUUUGUCGACUGGUUGUUUGGUAGAUGCUCAUAAUACAGAAUUCCUUCCCUUCCCAAAUAGAGUAAGACUUUCUUUGGAAGACUGUAUUUGGGGUUAGCUAAGAGUGGUUGUAAUUUGCCUCAAAACGGUACUUUCGUUGCGUUCAUCAAGCAAGACGCAUAUGGAGAUGCAAUCCAUUUAAGGUUUUUCGGUUUCAAAGUGGAACAUGGAACUCACACAUCGUAACGAUUCACGUUACAGGAUUUCACCAAAAGCUCAGGAACGGUGAUUAGAUACCUGUAAUGAAUCUGUUUAAUAAUAUGUCGUAUGCCGAGGAUUAUUCUCGAUCAUCGUCUCAACUUUGUUAUCAUAUGUAUGUUCUUUUUUUCUGAAAGUAUUUUCGCCGAUUUGUUGCAUUUGAAUGUUAUUUGAUAUGCAAUUAUAACAAAAUAUGUAUCUUCUUUAUUAUGCUCUGCAUAACACUUAGUGGCCAGUAUUCCUUUCAUUGUUUCCGUUCGUAGUUUGAUUCUAAUAUCUUCAUUAUUAACUUUGUAUUGAGAGAAAAUUCGUUCUACGAAUGUUGAGGAAUGUUAAAAAAUAAAAAGAAUGAUAUAAACAGUCACAGAAGUGGAAAAAGCAGUGUUUUGUCGGAACCUUUGAUCGUUCAUAUUUUGUUCCCAAAUAUCUACAGCUUCACUGCAGUCAAUUGCAGAGAAAUCAACAUUCAGAAUUUCUUUGAAUUCAUCGUCCAUGCUUUAGAAUGAAUCUUUAUUCGCCAAAAGAGGGAAGCAUAUCAGCUGCGAACGAAUUGUUGAAUGAUUUCUCAUUUUAAUGUUAUUUGAUUCGAUUAUAGAUAUACAAUUGACAAAAAAAAAUAGAGAAACAGAAUGCGAAGUCGGAAAUUUUAAGUGAUUUUUGGCAUACUGUAACUUCGUGAGAAAUCAACGCAUACAGAUGAGAUGUACAUCAUUUUGAAGCUCCAACUUCCAGGUAUCAGAACAUUUCAGAUAAAUAUUUUUAUCUUUGUGUGUGUAGGUGUAGUGGACAACAAUAUCGGGAACAAAUUAAAAAUCGAAUUUUGUCUGUUUUUUCGAAGAUUUUGUGAAGUAAAACAAAUAUUUUCCAACCAACUGAAUAACAAAAUCAACCAGCUCUCAUUUGAAUCCCAGAACGUUACUGUAGGACCUUUGCAUACAGAAUUUUGACGUAGAACUACGUCUUUCAGGAAGGGUGCCGAAUCAGAAAACAGGUCACGUUUUUGUGAAAUAAAGUUAAAGUUAAUAACUAUUUUCACAGCGAACAAAUUCUGAUACAUUGCACACUAAUGGAAUCGGAAAUUCUCUAAGAUUCGUUUGAUAUACUAUACAGUACAAUCCACUAAUGCCUAAACAGUUUAAAUUAAUGAAAACUGGAAGCAUUCUUAUUUUCCCAUACAUUUGUUCUGCCGAUUUGUGUGCAUUCUCGAACAGAGCUGUCAAUAACGAGCAACUGAUACAUUCGUUUCUUCAGUUUUCAACAUAUUCACCACUUCUCGUUUGGUGGUCAUCGAAGCAAUAUGGUUACCGCAGAACGUCGAGCGGGAGAGGAUUGUUUUCUUGUCGGGUGAAGGAGUAGUAGAGUUUCUUUCCACAAGGGCCCUUCUCAGGGCUAGAGGCGGGAACCAAAAAUAGAAUAGAAUAAAAACACAGAUGCGAGUGAGGUAAGAAACAAACAAAGAAGAGCUGGCUACGAGAAUUGUUUAUGCUAGUGCGGAUAUGGAAGAGUAUCCAGAAUUUUGGAAUAUAGAUAUACACUGCAUUUAUUUAGAUAAACGUAUAUUUCAUGAAAGUAUGCUUUCAAAUUCCAGCAGGGUAACCUUACUUUUGCAUGUUGUGGGCUUCGAUCACAUCUCAAGCGAAAUAUAGGAGCGAAAGGGUUCAUAGUUUGUGAUCGAUAUCUGAGUGGGAAGGAGAAAGUCUGAUGCGAGUUGAACCAAAUAAACGAGAAGUGCUGAUAGCUUUCGACUCUACUCGACUCUUUAGAGUCUACUGAAUUAAUAAAAAAUAAAUAGCUAAAAAGAUAUUACAAAAAUUUCGCUCCAUUCUAAAAUAAUAUCAAACCCAUUACAAUUUUACAACCCAUUACAAGUUUUUUUUCUGUUUGAAUGAAACAUUAACCCUUCGUCUUUGAUGAUGAAAAAUUCAAUAAAUAAUCGUCACACCGCAAACCGAAAGACAGUUUUCAGAGCUCCACUAAAUUCUGUAUAAGGUUUAUUUAUUGCUUUGACGAAAAAAUAAUUGUUUAAAUUUUUCGCAUCAACUUCAAAAAUGUGCCAAAAACUGUUUUUUUUGUUUGUUAUUAUCGAUAUGAUGAAUAUUAAUACUUAUUCGAGACAUUUCAGAACUCCCAGGAAUCUCUGAUAUCCUUUUUGUCAACACUUGAUAUGAAUUGGGCCAAAAUCCAUUCCUUUAACCGGAUACAUACUGGAUUUUCUCCAAUGAAAUUUACAAGAAAACGGAAAGUGUCCUACUAUGGAACAGCUUAAUCUCUGAACCAAAACAGUACAAGCAAUAUUCGCGCAACAAAAUUAGGAGGAAAAAUUCUCGAAUAUUCGGAGAAUUUUCAACAUUCGAAGGAAGGAUUUGCAAAAUCGUACAUUUUAUUCCACACGUUGUGCUUCCAUGAAUAAUCAUCUUCAUCUUCAUUUUACAGUUCUGCUGUUUUGCAGUCUAGUUACCGAGCAAAUUCGAUAAUUGGAUUGAUUUCCGGCCCAGUUAGAAGUCGUUUACUGUACAAUCGAUGUUUAAAGAAAUCCAAUGCAAACUAGUUUGCGAAAAAAAAAUAAUUAGAUGGAUACAAUUUUGCAACGGUAUUUUUCCCAAAGGUCGAACAAACAAAAAUCAGCAGUCAGUCAAUUCCAGCGUCUUGAACAAUGUCUAUCAGCACGAGGAAGCUAGUAACUGGCCGACAGAACUGGCACCGUUUGAACACUGACUUCCGGUUAAUGGAAAAGUCAACGUGUUAUUCUUUCUUCAGUAGCCAGAAGAUAGAAAAUUAUUUAUUCUUUGGCACCAUGUAGAAUAUACGCCAAAUUCGUCAUGAUUUUCAAAUAUUUAAACAACAAAAACAAUAAUUCUAUUUACCAUUUCAAUUUAGCUCGAUCAAAACGUUAUCCCUGUUUUGCUUUCCGAUUAGGAUCAGUAAAUUAAUUCUAUUCAAGAAGACUCAAAAACUCCCAAAACAUUCCAACGACAUUCAAAUACUUGUAUACAAGCAGAAAUAAGCUUUGGAUGUAGCUUUAAUGGUUUGAUCUGUUGCCACCUUUAACGUAGUAUAUCCCUCAAACCCCUCAGGGGGAAGUAGACAAAUUUCAACUUCCUGUAGAUAGCAGCUCCUAUUACCUACUAAGCCAUUUAAAACUUCUUCUGCAAUUAAUACGAUACAGCUGGGGGAGAACAUAUUCACAAAUAUUUCGAACAAUACAGUCUCAGGCCCAAAAGCGUAACAAUUGAUAAUUACUUAAAAUGAUUAAAAGGAGUAACUACAAAACCAACAACAAAAUCAAUAAAUCAACAACCAUGAUAAAAUCCAUUUGAUAAAUACGUAGACUAGGGAAUAAAUUGAUAAAGCUGAGGUUUUCGAUGCAACAUAUUGAUGUGGCCUAAACACUGGAAGGUGAGAACAGAGAUAUGUCGCCAAACCAAUUACUAGCAGUUUAAUGAAGGUGUUACUUUGUCUGUUUAAAACGUCAAACAAUAACGAAAGAUCGAAAAUUCGUGCCAAACACAACUGAAUAUGGGGAGUCCCUCAGACAGAGAAAACAAAAUAAAACAGAAACAGAAAUACAUUGAUUGUGAUUAAUCUAUUCUCUCAAAUUAAUUCAAACAAAAAGAAAACAGAUGAUUGAUGUUGAAUCGUGUCUAAGCCGAAACUAAGCCUCUUUGUAUAAGCUGUUGAAAAAAAACUACUGAAUCUAUCAUUAAACGUUACUUGUUGAAAAGAAAGAUAAACUCGUAAAUCUGAUAUAUCAUUGUUAUCCUUAAACACCAAAAGUAUCCAAGCGUAUAAGUGUGAGCAUAGUCGAAGAAGUCGGGAAAAUCGAGAAGAACGAGAGUGCAGGUACCUACGAAAUGCAAACAUUGCAAAUUUAUUGACGAGCCAUGAACAAAUAUUUUCCUCUCCUCCCUACAAAUACUGAUGCUAUAACACUAACUCAAUGUUUCCCAAUAACAACCUACAAACGUUCAUAUCCAAAAGCUAGGCCAAACCGGACGCAAGUUUCAACAAAGUGUACAGCAAACAAUUCCGGCCAUUUAGCAGCGCAGCUAGUGAUGACACAAUUAUUAGCAGGGCAGGACAAGAAUCGAGGUGUAUCCCUUUCAGCGUUAAGCAUCCUCCUCUAACUGUUAUUGAUUGUUGUUGAAGCCAACUCAGAGAGAAAAAUCGUUGAGAAAUACCUAUUCGUGAAACGUUUGCUGUUAUGCUGAUUAACAAAUGUACCUUAAGACUAUGUAUUGUUUGUGCUUAUGGAAGAAUGUUUCAUUUGUAUAGGAUAGUUUCAUGCAGUGUGCCUAAUUUAUCAGGGGAGAAAUUGUGUUACCACUUAGAAGAUAUAUUUAUGUUGAAUUUGAACCAGCCGUUAUGGCUGUUAACAUUAUAAUGAAGAUCGAAAUAUAUUACAAAAUCCAAUAAUACAA